AUGUACUAUGAGAGCGCUAGUGAUGGGUGUAGGGCCCAGAAUGCUCACUGUUUAGAAUUGUCCAUUUUGGGAAGGUGUCGUGUUAGGAAAGUGUCGUGGCCUGAGGCGUCCGAGUCACGGGCCCCAAGCUUCCUCAGACGGCGCAAACAGCAACAACAACAACAACAACAACAACUACCACUACUACUACUACAACUGCCGCAACUACCACAAACCAUGUCUGCUACAACACCGACAAGAACAAAAAUAACGCAUCUGCUACAGCGGCGCUCAUUGCCGCAAUUGAGCCGUCCCGCCUUUCCCUUUGCAUUUCCAACCACCUGUCCCGCAAGAUCGCGACAACCGACUAGGAAAAACUUCGCAUCUGCCGUGGAUCGUGCGGAUAGUGCGGAACCUGUGUUUCCUGACUCUGUCAACUGCGAGCGACUAUCGGCGCUGCUUCGGUCACUGAUCGAGCAAAAACAAUGGACGCUGGAUGAAGACCGCGCGGGUGUUGCGAAGACGUAUUAUUUCAAGACCUAUACGAAAUGUCUGGACUUCACCCAAGUCAUCGGCAUUCGAAGCAAAUCGAAGAACCAUCACUCAACAAUAACUCUUAAGUCAGGCUCCGUCCGCGUCCACUGGACAACACACUAUCCUCGCGGUCUGACCGACAAGGACAUCGAAAUGGCACGGUACUGUGAUCAACAAGCCGAGACGAUUGGGACGGUCGAGCAGAGCGGCGCGAACAAAUCCCAUGAAUACGCACGUCCAAAGACCGAGGUAUUAUCUGUGUCCGAACACAUGGGAUGGCAAGCGGAUUCUGGGACAGCACGAUCUGGAGGCCAACAGACAAGCAGUUUGAGACGCACGACAGAAUGGCUGUAUCUCACAAGGCUUUUCCCUCUGUGUAAGCCAUACAGCGACCUUUUCACAGCCAUUGAGGUUAAAACCAGUACUAUUAUCAAUCAUGUGUCGAGCGGUGAGUUGUGA